AAGGGAGAACAACCACAUAACAAUUCCCUCAAAUAUUAUAGUAAAGAUAAAAAAAAAAGUUAACCAAAGUUGAGAAAUGGUAGAUGUUAAGUUACUUGGUUUAUGGUAUAGCCCUUUUAGUCAUAGAGUUGAAUGGGCUCUCAAGAUUAAGGGUGUGGAAUAUGAAUAUAUAGAAGAUGAUCUACAUAAUAAGAGCUCUCUACUUCUUGAAUCCAAUCCAAUUCACAAAAAAGUUCCAGUACUAAUUCACAAUGGCAAGCCUAUUUGUGAGUCCAUGGUAAUUGUUGAAUACAUUGAUGAGACUUUUGAAGGCCCUUCCAUCUUGCCUAAAGACCCUUAUGAUCGAGCUAUUGCUCGUUUUUGGGCUAAGUUCCUUGAUGAUAAGAUGGCACCAGUAGGGAAAAGUUUCUUUUUGAAAGGAGAGGAACAAGAGAAGGCUAAAGAGGAAGCUUAUGAGAUAUUGAAAAUUCUUGAUAAUGAGUUAAAGGACAAGAAGUUGUUUGUUGGUGACAAAUUUGGAUUUGCUGAUAUUGCUGCUAAUUUUAUGGGAAUUUGGGUUGGAGUUUUUGAAGAAGCCUCUGGAGUUGUUUUGGUUACAAGUGAAAAAUUCCCAAAUUUAUGUGCUUGGAGAGAUGAAUACAUUAAUUGUAGCGAAAAUAAAGAAUAUUUACCUCCAAGAAAUGAAUUACUUGCUCAUUUCCAAGCUCGCUUUCAAGCUGCUCCGAAAUGAACACUUCUACGUAGAAUAAUUAAUAAAUAGAAUAAUAAUUUUACUGAAACAUUUUAUAUUUGUAAGGAAGUAGAAACUAUUACAUUCUCGUAUUUUGUUAUAUGACUGUACUAGAUAUAUUAUAUAUUAUUGUUAUGUCGCUUUCUUUUCUUCCUUUUUAAAUAGAAGUGGUGUUAUUAUUGCUGGUUA